AAGCAGCCUUUUUUUCAAAGAUGAAGUUCCCCGCUUGCGUCCUCGUCACUUUGGUGGUGAUCCGAUCGAGUGCAGCGCAGUCAGUAUGUCCUGGCACGGAGAACAAGUUGAGCACACUAUCUGACCUGGACCAGCAGUAUCGCACCCUGAAGAAGCUCUAUGAGAAUUGUGAAGUUGUUAUGGGCAAUUUGGAGAUUACCAGCAUCGAUCGAAACCGCGACCUCUCCUUCCUCAAGUCAAUCAGAGAGGUGACCGGUUACGUGUUGGUGGCUCUAAACCAGUUCGACCAUCUGCCGCUGGAGAACCUUCGGAUCAUCAGAGGCACCAAACUAUACGAGGGUCGUUACUCCCUUGCCAUCUUCCUCAAUUACAGGAGAGACGGGUACCAUGGCCUGAGGCAGCUGGGCCUACGCAACCUCACAGAGAUCCUAAAUGGGGGUGUCUAUGUUGACCAGAACAAAUUCCUGUGCCAUGCGGACACCAUCCAUUGGCGUGACAUUACCAAGAACCAAGAGGCUGAGCUACUGGUGGUACAAUCCAACAACAGCAACCUCGGAUGCCGACGCUGUCAUCGCUCGUGUAAUGGACGCUGCUGGGGCUUUCAGGAAGACCAGUGUCAAAUCUUGACAAAGACAGUGUGUGCAGAGCAGUGUGACGGUCGAUGCUUCGGGCCUUACGUCAGCGACUGCUGCCAUCGCGAGUGCGCCGGCGGCUGCUCGGGCCCCAAGGACACAGACUGUUUCGCUUGCACCAAUUUCAACGACAGCGGAGCGUGUGUGACUCAGUGUCCUCAGCCGUUUGUGUACAACCCCACAUCCUUUCAGCUGGAGCACAACCCCAGAGCCAAGUACACCUAUGGAGCCUUCUGUGUCAAGAAAUGCCCACAUAACUUUGUGGUGGACCACAGCUCCUGUGUAAGAGCGUGUCCCAGCAACAAGAUGGAAGUGGAGGAGAACCGCAUUAAAAUGUGCAUCCCCUGCACUGACAUCUGUCCAAAAGUAUGUGAUGGCAUAGGAACGGGCAGCCUGCAGUCAGCUCAAACAGUGGACGCCAGCAACAUAGAGAAAUUUGUCAACUGCACCAAAAUCAACGGCAACCUCAUCUUCCUCAUAACUGGCAUUAAAGGGGACAUGUAUCAUGGUAUUGGACCUUUGGACCCUGAACGUCUCAACGUGUUCCGCACUGUGAAAGAGAUCACAGGUUACCUCAACAUCCAGUCUUGGCCGGAGAACAUGACAGAUUUGAGUGUUUUUUCCAACCUGGCAACCAUCGGAGGUAGAUCUCUUUACAGUGGUAUAUCUCUGUUGAUCCUCAAGCAGCGUUGGAUCUCCUCCCUACAGUUCCAGUCUUUGGACGAGAUCAGCGCUGGUAACGUGUACAUUUUCAACAACAGCCGUCUGUGCUUCUACAACACUGUCAACUGGACCUCGCUGUUCAGGACCCCGAGCCAGAAAGUCCUCAUCCGCAACAACCGAGACCCAAAGGAAUGCACUCAGCAGCGUAUGGUGUGUGACCGGAUGUGUUCAGACGACGGGUGCUGGGGCCCAGGGCCUGAUCAGUGUCUUUCCUGCCGAUACUUCAGACGAGGCCGUACCUGCGUUGAGUCCUGCAAUCUCUUUGAUGGGGAAAUGCGUGAAUUUGCCAAUGGAUCUGUUUGCCUGGAGUGUGACAGCCAGUGUGAGAAGAUGGAUGGCAACACCAUGACAUGCCUUGGCCAGGGCCCAGACCAGUGCGUAAAAUGCCUCCACUUCAAAGAUGGACCCAACUGUGUGGAGAAGUGCCCCGAUGGCUUGCAGGGGGCCAACAGUUUUAUCUUCAAAUACGCCAAGGCCAACAACGAAUGUCAUCCCUGCCACGCCAACUGCACCCAGGGGUGUGUCGGGCCAAGACUCCAAGAUUGUGUUGGGAUGAUGGACAGGACACCCCUAAUAGCAGCUGGCAUUAUCGGCGGGCUAUUCAUCAUCGUCAUCCUGGCGCUCAGCGUUGCCGUUUAUGUUCGACGCAAAAGUAUCAAGAAGAAGAGGGCCUUGAGGCGCUUCUUGGAGACAGAGCUGGUGGAGCCCCUGACCCCCAGUGGAACAGCCCCUAACCAGGCUCAGCUGCGGAUCCUGAAAGAGACAGAGCUGAAGAGGGUCAAGAUUUUGGGUUCGGGAGCUUUUGGAACCGUCUACAAGGGCAUCUGGGUGCCAGAAGGUGAGACAGUGAAGAUCCCUGUGGCUAUUAAAAUCUUGAAUGAGACCACCGGUCCUAAAGCCAAUGUGGAGUUCAUGGACGAGGCCCUGAUCAUGGCCAGCAUGGAGCACCCCCACCUAGUUCGUCUACUGGGGGUUUGCCUGAGCCCCACCAUCCAGCUGGUCACUCAGCUCAUGCCCCACGGCUGCCUCCUCGACUACGUGCACGAGCACAAGGACAACAUCGGGUCACAGCUGCUGCUCAACUGGUGUGUCCAAAUCGCCAAGGGGAUGAUGUACUUGGAAGAGAGGAGGUUGGUCCACAGGGACCUGGCCGCCCGCAAUGUGUUGGUGAAGUCGCCCAAUCACAUCAAGAUCACCGACUUCGGCCUGGCCCGGCUGCUGGACGCCGAUGAGAAGGAGUACAACGCAGACGGGGGCAAGAUGCCUAUUAAAUGGAUGGCCCUGGAAUGCAUCCACUACAGGAAGUUCACCCAUCAGAGUGAUGUGUGGAGUUACGGAGUGACCAUCUGGGAGCUGAUGACAUUCGGAGGUAAACCAUACGACGGCAUCUCCACGCGGGAAAUCCCAGACAUCCUGGAGAAAGGGGAACGCCUUCCACAGCCACCCAUUUGCACCAUAGACGUCUAUAUGGUCAUGGUCAAAUGCUGGAUGAUUGAUGCAGACAGCAGGCCGAAGUUUAAGGAGCUUGCCGCUGAGUUCUGCAGAAUGGCCCGUGAUCCCCAGCGAUACCUGGUCAUCCAGGGUGAUGACCGCAUGAAGCUUCCCAGCCCCAAUGACAGCAAGUUCUUCCAGAGUCUUCUGGAUGAGGAGGACCUGGACGACUUGAUGGAUGCUGAGGAGUAUCUGGUUCCUCGUGGUUUCAACAUGGCUCCUCCGUCAUACACAACCAGGCCUCGGGUCGACUCUAACAGAAACCAGUUUGGCUAUCGUGAUGGUGGUCCAAACCCUGCAGAACUUCCCGUGGUGGGGGCCCAAGCCUGUAUAAACCAGGAUGCUGCAGUCGGCCAGGUUACAGUCCUGGAGGACCAGCGCUGUAACGGGAGCCUGCAUAAGAAGACCCUGAGCCAAGCUGGGGGGGAAGACAGCGGUGGCCAGAGGUACAGCGCUGACCCCACCAUCUUCCUGGGGGAAAGGGCUUCCAGAGGGGACACAGAUGAGGAUGGAUACAUGACCCCCAUGAAAGACAAGAGCUCCUCAGAAUACCUGAACCCAAUUGAGGAGAACCCAUUUGUCUCACGACAUAAAAAUGGUGAGAUCCAUGCCUUGGACAACCCGGGCUACCACAGCACACCAAACAGCCAGCCCAAAGGAGAGGAUGAGUACAUCAAUGAGCCCCUCUACCUCAACACCUUCCACAGCCCUGCCGAGCUGGGCCUGGAGGUCCUGAGGAGAAAUGGUAAAGCCACUGGGAAGAAGCUGAAGGUGACCUUUGACAACCCAGAAUACUGGCAGCACAGUUUGCCUCCCAAAUCAUCUAACCAGGCGGCCCCUGAUGGUGCCCAGGGAGGUUCCACGAAUGCCAAGCUCUUCUACAAGCAGAACGGACACAUACGGCCGGCAGUAGCUGAAAACCCUGAAUACAUGUCCGAGUUUUCCCUGAAAUCUGGCACCGUCUUGCCCCCUCCACCCUACCGGCAGCGGAAUACUGUGGUGUAG